AUGAGUAGUGAUGAAGUCACAGUGCGGUUGUCUUCAUUACGGACAUAUUGGAACAGAUUCGAAAAUGCUCAAUUUGAACUCGAAUCUUUAGUUGAUGAAGAAGAUAUUGAGCAAUUAGCAACUAGCAGAAGUGAAAUUGAAGAGCUGUACAUUACAACCGAAGUGGUGUUAAGAAACAAACUGCAAUCCCCAACCACAGUUACGAAUCAGUCUUCAGUAGGUCUACACCCUUCUGUUACAUCAAAUAUUGCUUUUGUUCCGUUCGAUGAAGGAGAAUCAUUUACAAACUUCGUUAAAAGAUUUGAAAACUUUAUUUCCUUGAAGGAAAUUUCUGAUGAUAAAACCAAACUUUGCACAUUACUUGCAGUGCUUCCACCAAAACUACAUGAACAGCUUCAAGACCUUGUUUCUCCAGAUGAUCCAUACAAGAUGAAUUACAAAAAUGUGGUAACAGUGUUGAAGGAUUAUUUGGAACCGUUACCUAGUGUUAUAUCUCUUCAACAUAAAUUUUUGUGCCAUGUUCAGCAAGACGAAUCAACGAUGGAUUUUUCAAUGGAACUGAAGAGACUAGCAAAGGAUUGUCGUUUUCAAUGUGAAUGUGGGAAAUCGGUAUCAGACAUGUUACUAAGAAUGCAGUUUGUUAGAGGACUCAAAGAUAAUGAUGUAAGAGGGCAGUUACUACAGAAAGAAACAAGUACUUUCAAAGAAUCAGUGCAAGCUGCAAUUUCCUUCGAAUCCUCAAGACUUGAGAGCAGCAUUAUAUCAAAUCCUACAACAGCUGCUGUUCUUAAGCUAACAGGAAGUACUGAAAGAAAAAUGCCGCAACAACAGCAAUAUGCAAGCAAAGGCCCAACCAAGAAGACCGAAAGAUAUCACACAGUUCGCUCUACAUUUGACCAACUACGUGGACGGUGCUAUCGAUGCGGGGAUAAAUUCCAUAAAGCUGACAGUUGCAGGUACAAGGAUGAAUUCUGCAAUUCUUGUAAUAAGGUCGGUCACUUAGCCAGGGUCUGCAUGGCAAAGAACAGAGCUAGGCAUAUCAACCAGAUCGAGGACAGUGAAAAUGUAAGUGAUAUUGACCACGCAACGUACGACACAUAUAAGAUACAAAUGAAUGGUUCUGACAAGUUCAUGGUUGAUGUUACACUAGAAGGAAAGCCAAUUCAAAUGGAAUUGGACACAGGAGCAGCUUUAUCGUCGAUAUCAUACAAGGAUUAUAAGAAACUAAAUUUGAGUAAAAAGCUAUUUCAAACUCAUGUACAACUAAGAACUUACACGGGCGAACUUAUCAAACCAAAGGGGGUUGUGUAUGUCGAGUUUAACUUCAAAGACAAAGCAUACUUCGGUAAGCUGUAUGUUAUUGGACAAAAUGUUGAACCUAUUUUCGGAAGAGAGUGGCUUAGGGAAAUUAACUUAAAAAUUGGGGAUAUCCGAACUAUUCAAGAAAACUCGUGUGAUCUUUCUAAACUCCUUACAGAAUUCUCUGAUGUUUUCAAAAAAGAAAUUGGAUGUAUUCCAAAUGAGAAGGUUCAUUUAUCCCUUCAAGAAGGUUGCAAGCCCAUUUUCAUCAAACCCAGGCAAGUUCCAUACUCACUUAAAGGAAAAGUAGAAGACGAACUCAAUCGACUAGAGAAUGCCGGUAUAAUCACUAAGGUAAACAAUGCUCAGUGGGGAACGCCAAUUGUCCCAGUGGUUAAACCCAAUGGAUCUGUAAGAAUAUGUGCAGACUAUAAAACUACACUGAAUAAAGUGAUACAAGACGACAAACAUCCAAUACCUAGGAUAGAGGACAUUUUCACAGAAAUGAAUGGAGGCAAGCUAUUUUGUACCUUGGACAUAAGCAAUGCUUACCUGCACAUGCAAAUGGACGAGGAAAGUUCAAAUAUGCAAACUAUAAGUACUGAAAAAGGUCUUUACAAAGUCAACAGAAUGAUGUUUGGGGUUAAGGUAGCACCAUCAGUAUGGCAAAGGUUCAUGGACAGAAUACUACAAGGAAUUAGUGGUGUUAAAUGCUUCUUUGACGACAUUAUCAUACAAGGAUCAAAUUAUGAAGAAACUGUGCAAAGAUUGAAGCUAGUCCUUGAUAAAAUGAGGGAACAUGACCUUAGGUUGAAUUUUGAAAAGUGUAAAUUCUUUCAGAAAAGGAUUGCUUACUUAGGUCAUACAAUUGAUGAAAAUGGACUUCAAAAAGGGUCUGAAAAGGUAAAAGCGAUUGUUGAAGCAAAGCGACCUCGUGAUGUCAACCAAUUACGUUCUUUCAUAGGUUUGGCAAACUACUACAAUAAGUUCAUACCUAAACUGGCAGAGAAACUAAACCCAUUGAAAAAACUCUUACAGAAGGGCAAGAAAUUCGAAUGGACUGAUGAAUGUGAAAGAAGUUUUGAAUCUGUUAAAAUGGACAUUGCCAAAGACAAAACUCUAAUCCACUACAAUCCGUCAUUACCUUUAAUACUGUCAACAGAUGCAUCACCAACUGGCUUAGGAGCUGUAAUUUCACACCGGCUAAAUGAUGGAACAGAAAAGCCAAUUGCCUUUGCAUCUAGAUCACUGAGUAAAAGUGAGAAUCAAUACAGUCAAAUUGACAAGGAAGCGACUGCCAUUUAUUGGGGUGUAAAAAAGUUCUUUCCAUACUGCUAUGGGAGGAAAUUCAUUCUUGUCACAGACCACAAACCUCUUGUAUCUAUUUUUCAUCCUUCAAAAUCCCUACCUGCAAUGUCAGCUACACGUUUGUUAAAUUACGCUCUUUUCCUUGCUGGUUUUGACUAUAAAAUAGAAUACAGAAAAACUUCAGACCACUCCAAUGCAGAUUUUCUUUCAAGAUUCCCAGUAGAAAAGUUAGAAGAAGGUGAAGAUCUCUAUUCAAAAUUUCAGAUGAAUCAAAUAUCUAUGCUACCACUUACCAAAGAGACAAUUUCAGAACAUACGAAGAAGGAUACUUUUUUCUCUAAAGUCAAGAUAGCCCUUGAAAAUGGAGAUGAUCUUGAGACAAUGGGAUUAAACAACAACGAGUACACAUUACACAAAGGAUGUGUUUUUCGAGGUAUAAGGGUUGUGAUACCUUCAUCUCUUCAGAAAGAAGUACUCAAAGAACUACACGUGGGCCACCUUGGGAUGACAAAAAUGAAAGCAAUGGCAAGAAGCUAUUUGUACUGGAAGAAUGUGGACAGAGACAUUGAAGAGUUGGUCAGAAACUGUAAGAUAUGUUCCCAGAAGAGAAAUGAACCUCCAAAAGACAGGAAUCACCCCUGGGAAGAACCAUCUGGACCAUGGGAGAGAAUACACUUGGAUUUCCUUGGGCCCAUGAAUGGAAAUUACUUCCUAGUCAUCAUUGAUGCCCAUACUAAAUGGCUAGAAAUAUUACAUACAAAAUCUACUACAGCAGAAUGGUGUAUCAAAAAGCUACAACAUCUAUUUACAACGUUUGGUCUUCCAGUGACAGUCGUUACAGACAACGGGACACAAUUCACCAGCACGGCUUUUCAAAACUAUUUGAAAGAAAAUGGAAUUUGUCACAGAACAUGCGCACCAUUUCACCCUUCUAGCAAUGGUCAAGCAGAAAGAUUCGUACAAACGGUGAAGAAGGGGCUAAAUUCAAUGGUGGGGGAGAGAGGUGACAUACAAACAAAGAUCGACGCAUUAGUCACACAGCUGAGGAAGGCACCAAGCUCUACAACUGGAAUGUCUGCAUACAAGAUGAUGUUUGGCAGAGACAUCAGAACUAAACUAAACGUCAUGUCAGAUAAAACAGAAUGGUUUAGAGUUGAACAAAGGAAGAUUGGAAGACAGUUCAGUGUGGGACAAAAGGUGCAAGCGAGGAACUAUGCAUCCAAAGAAAAGUGGAGAUUAGGAGAGAUCAUCAGUCGAGUGGGCAAUGUCAUGCGUAGGCCUCUUAACCUGUACAUUUCCCACAAGUUGCUUCCUGUGACUCAGCGCCCUAGUUUCCGCAGACUCCAGGGUGAAUGUUCUAGGCUGGCGAAGAGCCAAGCAGGACAGAGGUGGGCGUCGCCCCCCGCCACGGCGGUGGCAACUGUCAAGUUCAAGGAAGUCAAGGGCGUCAGGACCUCCUGGAGCGACGUGGUACGUCAACUAAAAUCAUGUCCACCAUCCCCAAAUGGAUUGCCGAAGGAGCUGGAAAAUUUCGUGGAGAGCACCUGUCAGGAUCUGACGCGUCAACAAAGUGCGAAAAUAAGGGACUUCAUUACCAGAUGGCAAGAUGUCUUCGAAUACGGAAGCGAACCUAGAGGAAGAACAAACAUUGUACAGCACAAGAUAGACACCGGAGAUGCAAAAACCAUACGUCAGGCUCCUAGACGACUCCCGCUAGCAAAGCGUGACGAAGCUGAGAAAAUCAUAAAAGAGAUGGAAGCGGAUGGUGUCAUCGAGCCUUCUAGCAGCCCUUGGGUGUCACCUGUGGUACUAGUGAAAAAGAAAGACGGCUCAACAAGAUUUUGCGUAGACUACCGCCUUCUCAACAAUGUCACCAAGAAAGACAGCUACCCUCUCCCCAGGAUUGAUGACACACUCGACACUCUGGGAUGA